AUGGGUUUCCUGGAAACGACAUUCCCCCUUACCCACCGCCACGCCAUCCCCGCAGGGGUGGACAAGACUCGGGCCAUCGAGAAGCUACACGACCACGUCUACGUCAUCGACUGCGGACCCUACGUCGUCUCCCACACCCAGCAGCCAUCGCCGUCGUGGGGCUCCUACGACAAGCCCAAGGGCGCCAAGUUCGCCACGGAAAAGGUCGACGUCUACGAGGUCAAGAACAAGUACGAGAACCCCAUCAUGGGCUCAGACAUCAAGAGCACGUACGAGUUCAUCGACACCGCCGACGGCAUCUUCAUCCGCGUCCACAGCCCCAUGGGCGUCGUCAUGGAGAGCUUCUUCACGGUGCAGGAGAAGGCGGACGGCAGUCUGGAGCUCGUCCAUGAGCUGCAGGGAAGGUGCAACAAGGCCCUGGCGGGCAUCGCCAAGAAGGAUUCGGACAAGAAUUAUGAUCUUCUUGCUAGCAUCAUUGUCAAGAAUAUGGUUGAGAAAUGA